UCUUCAAUCCAUGGAUACUUCUUUGUCAGAUUCUGCUAAAAAAAGUAUUUUACUCACACUCUUCACUACACUCUACACACUUUCAAGUUUCAACAACUUAUCUUCUUGAUUUCUAUGGAGUUUUUCUCUUGUUUAUCUGAUCCAUACCCUUAUGCUUCUGAUUUUUGGUCACCAUGUCCUGACUUGGCUGCUGCGUCUUCUCCUGUGUCUGACGGAAACAGUACUGUUACUCGCCGUGGAAACUUGUCUGAUGAAGAUGUCUUAUUGGCGGCCAGCUAUCCGAAGAAGCGAGCGGGUCGUAAGAAGUUUCGAGAGACUCGUCACCCGGUGUACCGAGGAGUGCGAAGGAGGAAUUCUGGGAAGUGGGUUUGUGAAGUUAGGGAGCCCAACAAGAAGUCUAGGAUUUGGCUUGGAACUUUUCCAACUGCGGAGAUGGCGGCGAGGGCGCAUGACGUGGCGGCGAUUGCUUUGAGAGGGCGAAUGGCUUGUUUGAAUUUUGCAGACUCUGCUUGGAGGCUACCUGUGCCGGCUUCAAAUGAUGCUAAGGAUAUUCAAAAGGCGGCAGCUGAAGCGGCGGAAUCGUUCCGGCCUGCAGACGAAGAGGGAGGUUCGAGGCAAGACGGUGAGAAAAUGGUGGAAGAAGAGCGGAAGACAAUGUCAGAUGAAGUGUUUUUCAUGGAUGAAGAAGAGGUUUUUGGGAUGCCGGGAUUGCUUGCAAAUAUGGCUGAAGGGAUGUUAUUGCCACCUCCCCAAUGUGGAAUAGAUGGCGAUGAAGCAGAAAGAAAUGGCGAUAUGUCACUGUGGAGUUCACUCCCCACUUAA